GCCAACGCGGACUGAUCUGCCGUUCCCAAACUACGAAGGGAGGUGUCGCGAGACGCUGCCAAGAAACUGUCAAUCAUGAUGCUGCUGAGGUCACUAGCAUCCCUCUGUGUCCUGGCUGCUGCUGUCUUUGCCGUCCCUGCUCAGGAGAAACGCAUCCAUCACCAGGCCGACCUGAGUGACCACGCUCACGAUGAUUCUCACGGCUACCAGUAUGACCACGAGGCCUUCCUGGGCAAGGAGGAGGCCAAGACCUUUGACCAGCUGACUCCUGAGGAGAGCAAAGAGAAACUAGCGAAGAUCGUGGACCGCAUUGACACAGACAAAGACGGCUACAUCACACAUGCAGAGCUGCACUACUGGAUCAAACACCGGCAGAGGAGGUACAUCGAGGAGAACGUGAACAAACAUUGGAAGGACUACGACAAGAACGAAGAUGGAAAGAUUGCCUGGGAGGAGUACAAAAACACCACCUAUGGAUACUAUCUAGAUGAGGAGUUUGAUGACAUUGAAGACAAGGCCACCUAUAAGUCCAUGCUCACCCGGGACGAAAGGCGCUUCAAGAAAGCUGACAAAGACCGGGAUGGUAUCGCCACACAGGAGGAGUUCAAAGCCUUCCUUCACCCGGAGGAGUUUGAUUAUAUGAAGGACCUGGUAGUGCAGGAAACUGUGGAAGAUAUCGAUAAGAACGGCGAUGGCAAGAUCAACCUGGAUGAAUACAUCGGUGACAUGUUCACACCAGAGGAUGGGGAGAGUGAGCCAGACUGGGUCCAGACAGAAAGGAAACAUUUCUCUGAGUUCAGAGAUGUCAACAAGGACGGCUUCCUUGAUGCUAAUGAAGUGGCCCAAUGGGUUUUGCCGGGAGAAGUUGACCACGCUGACAAUGAGGCCAAACACUUGAUCCAUGAGACAGACACUAACAAGGACGAGAAAAUAACCAAGAAGGAGAUUCUGGCCAACUGGAACAUGUUUGUGGGCAGCCAGGCAACCAAUUAUGGGGAAGACUUAACGAAGAGACACGACGAACUAUGAUAUGAUAUAACUAUGAUGAGUCAUCAGAGGCUCAGCUGGGUUUACAUUUCAAAACUAUGGAGAAUUGGUUACCAUGGUUUGGGGGGGUGGGGGGUGGGGUGGUCACAGUUAAUGUAAGGUUCUCACUCUGGGUUGCAGGGGUAUAAUCAUGUACCCUUGUUCACACACAUGCACACAUACACGCACAGACAGUAUGAUCCAGGCGAAUCCACCAUGCACUCACAUACUGUGUAUGUGAUUACAGAUGGUACUGAUGGUCCCACACACACACACACACACACACACUCCUCUUUGUUUUAUGCAUCUGUGUGAUUUUUUUUUUAAACUGAGAUGCCUCAUAUCCUCACAGAGAGCACACUGCUCUUGUCCAGUGAAAACUGUGUAUCUCCAAAAUGUCAAACUAACAGAACUGUGGAUUAAGUCCAACAUGCACUGGCAGCCAGUUGAGAAGAAGCUGCUUCUGAGCCUCACAAGUUCAAAUGUGGUCUCAACACAUUGUUCUCAUCUAAUGAAGAGCAGUGGACAUUGAAGAUACAGAGUUUCUCUCUGAGACAGACAUGAUUUUGUCACAAGGUGUGUGUUCAUUUGCUGUUACAGAGUGGAAGAGUCUGACUGAAGGCUGUCACUGAACUGUUGGGUUUGACUAAUAAACUCUUGUUUUUCUAUAAA